AUGUCGUUUUGCGAGGAGCAGGAGAACAUCUUCGGACCUCACGACCUGGCGAAGAAAUCGGGGCAGCUGGGUCGACGAUAUCGGAAGGGCGACGCUCUUCUUCGCAAGAAAUUAGCUAAUCACGUGAUUGUCUCCAAGACCCUCUACGAUCCUGGUGAUACCCUGAGUAAUAGAGCAAAGAAGCGCCUUCUGAAAAAUGAGAGUUGGAACGAUCUUCAACCAAACGUGCAGUACUCCUUAAACAAACAACAGCGAUGGAAAACUCUCAGCGUACCAACGUUGCUGAACGACAAUCGUCGCUCUGAUCUUGAGGUUCUCGUGGUGAAUCGAGUCAUCACAUCUCGUCGUUUCGCUGUUAUCGAGAACCUUAACGUAUCAGACGUCCACGUGGAGGAUAAUGGAACCGUCACCACAAUCUCCACAAAGGGCAAAGGACAAAAAGAGAAAAAGCAUGCGGACAAAGAUGCAGUCGAACCGGCAAGAAUUCUCGUCAACGUCAUCGAACCCCAUCCCAGUAUUCUCGCUGGAGAAACCCAACGAAAUAACAAGAAAGGAGCGCGGGCCACGAAAUCCCGGCACCUGGAGUCCGACUCCAUUGCGUCCCACGAGAUUGAUACUGACCACAAAACUGAUAUCAAAAUGGAUAUGGUAGCAGAACCUGCAGAUGAUCCUAGGCCAUCGUUUACGCUAGGUGACUUUCUGGUGAAUGGUGCGUCUUCAAAGAGUGUUUCUCGUAGACGCGCAAGAAAAUCAAGCAGCUGGAGCUUUGUUGAUUCACAGCCUGACCCUUCAGCAGAGAGUGCUCAACCAAAACCAGCUGACCUUGUCGACAUCUCUGCAAUUACCAAUGCCAAUACCGUAUUUGAAGUCGUCGACUUCGAAACACGAAAAUUGCAGAACUUCGAUUUUUGUGAACCCACGAUCUCACUCCUUAAACAAGAACGUGUGGUUGUUCGACAGAUCGACGAGGAACGAGUUAUGGUUGACGCCACGUAUCAGGCCCGUCUCAGUGGUGACGAAACCUUGGUAAUAGCCGUUGCUUGCCUCUUUUUAAGAGCUGGCGGGACGUGGACGCUCACUCAAAGGGUCAGAAUCAAUGCGAAUGCUCGAUAUCGGAAUGAUGUGAAUCGAGAAGCCCUCAUUCAAGGCGCUAAGCAGAACUCGAUGACCCCCAAGGAAAAAUCUCGCUGUUCAGACAAUCCAGGAUACUUCGCUUCGGAAGUUAACAGUGAUGCGCUAGCAGUGAAGGCAGACCGCUGUCACGAAUACGAUAGGAUGAAGCUCCUCAGGGUAUGUGGAAGAGCUCUUCUAUAUGCUGUCGUUGCAUUGUCAUCGAUCCGGUCGGACCUUUUCCAAACCGCUGAUGGAUUGGCUUGUAGAGAGUGCUUAGCUUCGGAUCUAGUACAUCAGCUGCGUCUCAAUCGCACUCCCGUCCAUAUUCCGCUCACGCCCACCGGGAACCUGCCAAGUGUUGAUCUACUCUAUGCAGUUCUGCCAGCACCGCUGAUUUCAGAAGUGACAAAGGUGUCCUACUCAUAUUAUCGUCGCCUCCGUGAACCCAACUUCAUCCUAUCGGAAUGUCCUCGAUGUUCCGUCGAUGUGGCGAUUAUCCCUUCCGAAGCAGAUAUCAAGUCGUGCAUCUGUCCCGAAUGCGAAUCCCAUUGGUGCUGGCUGUGUAACUCAGAGCCUCAUUGGCCGAUGAGUUGUGAAGAAUUUGAGCAAUGGAUUGCCAAAUGGGAUCAGCAGUAUUUUGUCGAAAAGUACCGCUUGUCACCAAACGAGCACCUGCUUCGUGUUACCUGCACAUGCUCCAAUGUUCUUUAUGUAAGUUCUGUG